AUGGUUGGGACACGCCACAGGCCUGAGACGAGCGGCGUGAGUGAUGAGGAGCUUCGUCAGAUGAUCCGCGAUGAGGUGGCCGCGGCGAUCCGAGCCGAGAUUCCGAAGAUGUUUGGGUCUAUCAAGACCACAUUGAUUGAAACCUUUGAUGAGCGGUACGCAGAGGUUACUGAGGCUACGGCUGCUGCAGCUACUGCAACUGUUGCUACUGCUAGACCUCAGGGGGGUGACUCGAUGUUGUUUCGGGAGUUCAGCAACACGAAGCCACCGGAGUUUGAUGGGACGCAGGAUCCGAUCGCUGUGAUGAGAUGGAUUUCUGAUAUCGAGGGAUGA